CCGGAAGUGACCUAUGCGCCAUGGAAUCCGUCAACAGGGAAAAGAUUUGCAAAGUUCUUUCAAGUCAGACAAACUAAACGUAGGACAUAUUCAGUCACUAUUUUGGUGAAGACCUAACAACUAAAAUACAGCCACCAAGUCUCUGUUAUUAUGCGCCCAUGCUAAUUGCACAAGAACUCAACAGUAAACGAGAAGGUUCCAAAUCCUUGGUGGAAACGCACCCACCUGGGCCGGGUUGAGUAAACUGUGAACUGUCACUUAAUUCACACAGCUGUCCGUCAUCAAAUUGAUCAAAGCAGGGCUAUAGCCACUGUCAAAGAAAGUGGCUGGUCUUCCAGUGGCUGUCACUGAAUUGUUCUGUUGCAAUGGCUUCAGAGGUAACUCUGGACGCUACUUUUGAUGGUGUGGUUGGAUCCCCAUCAAGAUCAAAUAAUGGUGGAAAAAAAACAUGGGAAGAGCUGCGAAGAUGUGUUAGAGAGUCUAGAAAAAUUCUGACGACUCUUGUGAGCACCGUUCCGUCAUCAUUUACAUUUCGGAACAUAGAAACAUCGACUGGACAUAAAACUAGAAUUUAUUUCCUUGGUGUUCCUAGUAAAGGAAGGGAAAAUACACUGUUGUAUGUAGAUGUACCAAGUGUGGAAGAAACUAAUAAUGCUAAUUUUACUCCAACAGUUUUGGACUGGAAUCAUUUGUUAGACGCAUUUCAGUCUUCUUCAGGGAUUGGACAAUUGUCUCGUGAAGAGCAGUUAAUGAGAGAAAGAAAACGAUUGGUGAUUUAUGGUAUAACAUCGUAUGAAGUAGACGAGACUGUUGGAAAAUUUCUUUUUCCAACCAAUAAUAAUCUAUACGUUUGUCAUGAUAGAGAUCCAAUGACAAGUUGUGUGGUGCCUACAUCGAUCAACAGUUAUUGUCGUGGUGCUAGAUUAGAUCCUAAAUUAUGUCCAGCUAAUACAGACUUAGUGGCAUUCAUACAUGACAAUGAUAUAUGGGUAACCCAUCUCACCAGUGGCUCAGAAAAAAGAUUGACAUUUGCACACAAGGGAACUGGACAGUUAUCAACAGAUCCUUUAAGUGCUGGUGUACCAUCCUUUGUGAUACAGGAAGAAUUUGACAGACAUACAGGUUACUGGUGGAGGCCAUCCAAACUACCCUCUACUUCAGAUGAUAUUAGUACAUAUCAGAUAUUAUAUGAAGAAGUUGAUGAAUCAGAUGUGGAUGUAUUAAAUCUAUUUGCUCCAUCAACAGAUGAUCACGGAAUAGAUGAAUAUAGAUAUCCUAGAGCAGGAACCGCAAAUGCUAAAAGUAGUCUGAAAAUAGUAGAAUUUGAGGUGGAUAAAGAUGGCAUAAUACUUGAUACUGUGAUAGAGAAUCAACUUAUAGAACCAUUAAGUAUAGUUUUACCAUGGUCCGAGUACUUAGUUAGAGCUGGCUGGACACCAUCAAGUAAUUUUGUUCAUGCACAGUUAUUAGAUAGGCAGCAACAAAGAUUAUCAUUAAUUUUAAUACCUUUACAACAUUUUACACCGGUUUUAUCAGAUGCUGAAAUGUCUAAUGGUACCUCCAACUUACCUCCAAUACAAAUACUAUACAAUGAAACUUCAGAUAUUUGGAUUAAUACACAUGAUAUUCUUCAUUUUCUUCCACAAACUGACAAUAAUUCAAUAAGUUUUAUAUGGGCUAGUGAGAAAACUAGUUUUAGACAUUUAUAUUUAAUAACAUCACAAGUAUUACAUAGAUUACCAUCUACACUAUCAGAUGUUAUUAUGGAAUUGGAGGAAAACACAGUUUCAGAAUGUCCACAGUGCCAAAUUUUAAAGGAGGUAACUCUUACCAGUGGGUCAUGGGAAGUUUUAUCAUUACCUGUAUGGGUAGAUAGUUAUAGAAAAUUAGUAUAUUUUACUGGUCUUAAAGAUACACCAUUAGAAACACAUCUAUAUUGUGUGUCAUAUGAAUCCCCGCGUGAACCUGUUAGAAUAACACAUUUAGGUUUUAGUCAUUCUGUAGCUAUGAACAUAGAUUGUACAAUGUAUAUAAGUGUAUAUAGUAGUAUACAACAAACACCAAGAGCUACUGUAAAUAGAAUACAACAUACAAAUAAAGAUAUUAAUGCACGGUGUAUAGGUAUACUAAUGGAACAUACAGUUUGUCCAGAGUUUAAAGCUCCCGAAAUUUUUGAUUUUGAUGCUACUUCCGGUAAUAAGGUGUAUGGAAUGUAUUAUAAACCACAUAAUUAUGAAGUGGGUAAAAAAUAUCCUACAGUCUUAUAUGUUUAUGGUGGACCACAGGUGCAGUUAGUUACUAAUUCUUUUAAAGGUGUAAAAUUUUUACGUCUUCAUACAUUGGCUUCCGAAGGUUAUGCUGUGAUAGUGCUAGACUGUAGAGGUUCAUCACACAGAGGAAUUAUGUUUGAAAGUAUUUUAAAGCAUAGUCUGGGAACAGUUGAAAUAGAUGAACAAGUAGAAGGAUUAUUAUGGAUUAAUUCAAAUGUAGAUUUUAUAGAUAUAACAAGAGUAGCAAUACAUGGUUGGUCUUAUGGUGGAUAUCUGUCUUUAAUGGGUUUAUCACAAAGACCAGAAAUAUUUAAGUUAGCAAUAGCAGGAGCACCAGUAGUUAGUUGGUCACUCUAUGAUACUGGUUAUACAGAAAGAUACAUGGGUUUACCUUCUACAAAUGUACAAGCUUAUAAAACUGGCUGUGUUUUAGAUUAUAUUGAGUCAUUCCCUGAUGAAGAGAAUCGAUUGUUAAUAGUUCAUGGUUUAAUAGAUGAAAAUGUUCACUUCCACCACAGUAACUAUUUAAUUAAUACAUUAGUUAGAUAUUGUAAACCUUAUAGACUACAGGUAUAUCCAAAUGAAAGACAUGGUAUUCGUAGUCAUGAAGCAAGUGAACAUUAUAAAACUAUGGUGCUAAGCUUUUUACAGAAUAAUCUGUGAUAAUCUACUAUUAAAACUAUAAUAAGUGUAGCUCAAUUAACUGGUGCUCUGCCUAUAUUAAUAACAUUUUACUUUUUAUGUUUUACACAUGUACUUGAUUUCAAUAUUUGAGAAACUUUUAGAUAUUUUCUGUGAUGAAGUAUGAACAGGUUCUUAAAUAUAUUUUAAAAUUGUGAUUGCCACUAGAAUUCCACUUCUGAAUUGAACAUUUAAAAGAAAUAAUCUUGAUUUUUGGUGCAUAUCUUGAUCGAAUAUAGCAUUCAAUUUCAUCAAGUACAUCACCCCAAACAACAACAAGCUCAGAUUUACAUGUUUCUUAGAAACAGAAUAAUAAGUGAAUUUUUGAUACUGGAUCGGCCACUGUUUUCAGUUUAGAACAAAGUUUUUAGUUUAGAACAAGAUACUUCAGUGGGAACUCAACUUGUUCAACAUUUCAGCAAUAAAGCUGCUUUAAUCUGCUGGGUUUGUUUACAAUUAUUACUAUGAUUAAUAUGCUUUACUGAGAUGGAAGUGCAUUAAAAUAAAGCUUAACUUUGUUUUGUUUAUGUUAAAAUGUUGUGAGCCAGUAUGUCUGUGUCAUGCUUUAUACAUAUGCAUGUUAAUAUCCUGUUAGUGUUGUCUUAUCCAUCAACAACCAAUAAUAAUUCCAUCUUCUAUAUUUUUGCCUAUUAUAUGUGUAUAUAUCUCGUAUUUUACUGUAUAAAGCCUUGUUUUAAACUGAUAAUACAACACCUGUGAUGAUGGUAUUCUUAACUUAAUUAAAAUCUGACAAAAAUGGUUUCAGUUUUGUUUAUGUGUUACUGAAUCAAAUUUAAAACUCUUUUGUUAUGCAUUGUGAUGUUUAAAUCUACUGCCCCAAGUGUUCUCUUAUAAUCUUAUACUCUUGCAAGACAGACUUUUCCCUACUCAGCCCUGAUAGGGUUGAAUGGAUCUGCUACUGGAAUAAAGAAUUCUCCAGAUAUUGUAGUUUUAAGUUAGAUCAAUACUUAACACUUAUUUGUUUAAGAAGUCAUUCAAUUGGAGACUAAAUAAAAAUCAUCUGUAAGAAUUAAGUGUAACUUAAUGUAUUUGGAUCAAAAUGACUCUCAGUCAUCCAACUCUACUUCUGUAUACCUUUGUGCUUACUAUCUUGGUUGUCAGCUUAUCAUUAUCUGUAAUAGAGGAAAGGAUGAAACGAAGGGUGGUAGAAGCACUAAAUGUCCGUCAAAGAUAUCAACAAUUUUUUGACAGCUAGUCAGUCGACAGCUCUGCACUGAUGAAUAAGUAUAAUACUGAUUUAUAUAUAGAGUUGCCGAUGAAGACGUAUUUAGUGAAUAUCUGACGUUCAUCUUUGUUCCGUCGUUGGUAAAAGUGUGUUUUUAUCUGACACUAGAGUCACACCAGGCAUGUUUAGAUUAUAUUGUAUCAAAGAUCUAAGACAAACGCAAUACAAGUUUUAAAUUGGCAUACAAUUCUUUUUAUGGGUACAAGAAUUAAAAAUGUAAGAAAUGGCA